AUGGCGGGCAACUGCCGGCCGGCAUUGGCAUUGGCUUUGCCGGGAGGCCAGUCGGCUGAUUGGUUCAGCGCCGACGACGACGGAGGGCAGGCAGGUACUGUUACCGAGCCAGCGGUGCGGCGCUGCUUGUGGCCGGUCGGGAAGCAAUCCAUGGCAAUGACACAAGGGAGUGAGUGCUCAGAGCCGAACAAGGCGCAAUGGAAUGCAAGGGACAACCUAGCAAAGGCGGCCGCACUGGAAACCAACACACCAUCCCCCCCACUCGGCGCAUGCAAGGCGGACGAAAGCUACAAGCCCACACAGCAAAAGAGCGGCCCAUAA